AGGGCUGGGCGGAUCCGGGGCGGGCCGCGGUCAGCUGCUGCCCGGGGGCGGGCCGGGCCCGGUUCCGGGCGGCGGCGGCGGCGGCGGUUCCAUGGCUGCGCUCUACGGCGGCGUGGAGGGAGGGGGGACCCAUUCCAAGGUGGUGCUGAUAUCGCAAGAUGGCAAGAUCCUGGCCGAGGGCGAGGGCCCCUGCACCAAUCACUGGCUGGUUGGCUCGGACAAAUGCCUGGAACGGAUCGACGCCAUGGUCCGCGAAGCCAAAGGCAAGGCAGGGGCCGACGAGCAGGUUCCUCUGCGCUCACUGGGUCUGUCUCUGAGCGGAGGGGAGCAGGAAGAAGCCAUCCAGAAGCUCAUAGAGGAGCUGAAGGCACGCUUUCCACACCUAAGCGAGAGUUACUACAUCACUUCUGACGCCAUUGGGGCCAUGGCCACGGCUACCGACCAUGGAGGUGUGGUGCUCAUCUCCGGAACCGGCUCCACUUGCAAGCUUAUCAACCCUGACGGGUCUCUGAUCAGCUGCGGAGGAUGGGGGCACAUGAUGGGCGACGAGGGGUCAGCAUACUGGAUCGCCCACCAGGCAGUGAAGAUCGUGUUUGACGCCUUGGACAACCUUGAAGUGCCGCCCCAUGACAUCAGCUACGUCAAGCAAGCCAUGUGCGACUAUUUCCAGGUCUCUGACAGGAUGGGGCUUCUGACACAUCUCUACAGGACCUUUGAGAAGUCCAAGUUUGCAGGAUUUUGCCAGAAGCUGGCAGAAGGAGCCCAGGCGGGGGACCCCUUGUGCAAGUAUGUUUUUGACAAGGCUGGGGCAGUCUUGGCACGACACAUUGUCGCUGUGUUGCCCAAAAUUGACAAGAGCCUCUUCCAAGGCCGGCUGGGACUACCCAUUGUCUGUGUGGGAUCGGUGUGGAACAGCUGGGAGAAGAUGAAAAAUGGGUUCAUCGGUGUUCUCGGUCAAGCCCACCAGGACCAGCGUGGCAGCGCCUUCUCCAAAUUCAGCCUCUUGAAGCUGAAACAGUCCUCGGCCCUGGGCGGGGCCAGCCUGGGGGCCAAGCACAUCGGACAGGCCCUGCCCUUGGACUACACAGCCAACGCGGACGUCUUCUACACACACUCCUUUGCCUAAGGGAAAAAGCCUGCUGCGGGGAGGCCUUUUUGUCUCUUCUCUAGUUCAGAGGGAAUCCUGUUGGGACUUUCGGGGGUGGGGAGGAAGUUUCUUAAAUUUCAUUAAUAAAAUGCCUAAUUUUUA